GGGGGAGGAAGGAGCUGAUGGAGAGAGAGGGGGAUGAGGGGGAGAUGAGGGCAAAGGAAAGGGAAGGGAAGGAGGGAGUAAGAGAGGGAACAGGAGGAGAGGGAGGGGAGGGGGAGCAGCCUGUUGCUCAUGAUCAUCGAACAGCCUCUUCGUACUCCACAAGCCCGGUAGGUGCCUGAGGAGAGACGGAGCCGAGUCCAAGCAGGCAGCAGCAGCACAAAAACACCUUUUAUAUCUUCCUUCACGUGCGUCCUUCUCUGCGCUCUAAACAAACAGACUUCAGAGGAGCAGAUCCAGGAGCACAGUGAGUAUGUGUUCUUAUUUCAUCAUAUUUGCAUAUUCAAAACUUGUGUUUUUGUGGAAGAGUAAACCCCCUUUCUCUGCAGUUGUCACACUUUUAGGAGUUAGUCACAUGCUGCGCAGCCUUUUCUCUCUCGCAGUGAGAAGUUGUAAAUUAAAAGCUUCUGUGAUAUUUUGCUGCUUUUACAUACAGAAGUGCUUGAAUGGUGGAUUUUGAGUAUUAUAGAUUAAAUAUGUGUAAUAUUUCUGAGCUCUUAGUGCUUUUUUAUUUCAAAUUCAUAUUAAUACAACUUUAGAGGGCAUCGAUUUGCACACAAAAGACAAAAACAACAACACAGACAAGAACAAAUUCUAUAAAAUAAGAUUUUUAAUAAAUACUUAUUUUUAACAGACUGAUAAUGUCCCUCAAACUGCGUUAGAGUGAAACUAGUACAGAUGUAUUAAAGGUAAUUUAGCCCCUCUAUAGUUUUAAACAGCUGACUGGGAUUUGCAUACUGGAUACACAGCAUGUACACCAUGGUAACAAGGCAGCAGCUAUGUUACAGCUUGAUAUGAUCCGUCAACAUUACUGAUAUGAGGUCCAGGGCAGUUUUCUGUUGGCAGGGAUAUCGUUUUAUAGAGUGGAUGUUGGAACGAGUGUUUGAAUUCGCAGCCACUUUUUCCAAAAUUGAAUGUGAAAAUCGAUGUGAGAGAAACUUGGGAGUCUGAGAGCCACUUCAAGUCCUCCAACAGUGAAUCACAGCCCAAGUUACCGUUUCAGUGAAUCCGUAAGAGAUCAUUUCCAGCGCAGCACAUGGUCUGGCUUUGGAAAUGAUGUUAGAUUACAGCCCCAUGAUGUGAUUAUGAAUCCACACAUCUGCAAAUGCUUCUCCAGGAUUUUGGAUCAGUGAUAUAUGAUGGGUAAUAGAUCAUCCUCCUUCCCUCCUCCAGGUAAUUGUGACUGUAAUGAGAUGAACUAAUGACUUUUUCCCAUUUUAACAGCUAAUAGUGGCUGUCUGAUCCCCCUACACACACACACACACCAAAAAGAGCCCCUGCACACUAAUUAUAAUCUGCUACUCCCUGGUGUCUUUAAGUGUAAGGUGUGUGAGGUUUUGUGUGUUUGUUCCUGAGGUGUCAUUAGAGCAAAUCGAAGAGUCAAAGUCCCACCAGUGACACUAUUUCCCAGAGCUUCAGUGGGCACACAAAGACGUUCUCACUUCCUGCUCACAUUCAGUACAAAUCAAACACAAAUUGAGCAGCGGAUGUGCUCAGGAAGUGAAGUUCUUCUCUCUUUUUCUGCAAUCACAGCUUUUAAGAGAUGGCUGUGAAUUUAUGCAUAUUUGAAUGAUAAUUAAAGCUCUUCAGUUCACUUUGUACAAUAAAAAUACCAGUGUCAGUUCUGAAACAAGAUUUAAAAAAUGCCUCUGAUGCACAUUACGUGCAGACUUAUGCUGCGUUCGAGUUUCCUCAGAAGUCAGAUGUCGGAGCUGAAAAUGGCGUCACACCCGAGUUCCCAGCGUUUCAGUUACAAAGUCAAGUUCGAAAGCGGAAACAAGAUGGCUAAAUCCACGAAAGUUAUUUUAGCGCUUGCCGUGUCCGAAUAUAAUAUAUAGGCGCUAAAAUAACUUUCGUAGAUGUAGCCAUCUUGUUUCCGCCUCCGAUUUUGUUUUUUUCUGAUUUGGUAACUGAAGCGUUGUUAAAUCGGGUGUGACGUCAUUUUCAGCUCCGACAUCAGACUUCCGAGGUAACUCGAACGCAGCAUUAUGCGUCAGCUAGCUCACCAGUAAUGUAGCUAUUGACUAUCAUAGACUCUAACCCAGCAACGUAUCAAACUUUAAGCCUUUUCUGCAAUAGUAAACAGAAAAAAAACAUCAUGGACCCACUUAAGACUAAAUCAGAACAACAAACGGGAACAGAUUUCACAGAAGUUACUAUGUGGUGAUCGCAAAAACAAUCCACUGCUAGCAAAAUACUGCAGGAAGCUUACAAAGUUAAAAGGGUAAGAUGAGGAAAAUUCUACAAUAUAUAUCAAGAACAAAAUAGAACCCUUAAGCAUAAAAAAUGAUCAAGGACAGAAUAGAAACCUAGAUAUAAAAAAAAGAUCAAGGACAGAACAGAAACCUAGAUAUAAAAAAAAAGAUCAAUGACAUAAAAGAACUCCUAAACAUAAAAAACAUCAAUGACAUAUUAGAACCCUUAAAAAUAAAAAAAGAUCAAGGACAGAAUAGAACCCCUAAAUGUUUAAAAAAAAAAAAAAAGAUUAAGGACAUUUUAGAACCCCUUAACAUAAAAAAGAUCAAUGUCAGAAUAGAACCCCUAAAUAUAAAAAAAGGUCAAGGACAUAUUAGAACCCGUAAAUAUAAAGACACUCAGCUGGCGUGAACAGGAACUCCUUUUAUGGUGUUUGACUCGAUGAGCUAUUUCUAUAUUAUCAUCACUUUAUGUGAAUCUUUUUAACUAUUUCUGCGUUUUCGUGUGGACUGAAAAUUUUCAAAAACACCUCUAAUGUGGAUUUGAUGGCCAAUUGAACCAGGGAGACGAAACCAGUCUGGAAAAACAUCUAUAUAUUAGUGUAAAAUGCCUCAGUGUGACAUCGUGUCUGACAUAAACAGUAUGAUAGCCGACGUUCACAGUUGGGAUUCUGAUCAGCAAUAAAACCACGUCUCCACAGCAUUAGCAGUGGGCUAUUACCUCAGGGAUACCCAGUUUAACGAUCCAGGGAUGAUGAAAUCGCAUCAGCAUAGCUGUAAAAAAUUACCCAAAUAGCAUUUGUCACUUGUACCUUGUUCAUAUUUCACAGCUGUCAUAUUCAGUGACAGGAAAGCUGUAAUUUUCUGCUCCAAACUCCAGACAUCUGAAGUUCUGCCCAUCAAGCCAAAUAUCUGAUUUCCUUUGUCUUCAUGUAACCUCGCUUCCCAUCCAUCAGCCCCGACACAGAAAGCCCCCUGUGCCUGUUUGUCUGCUCCAUUUAUUCCAUCUCAUCAACUAAAGUACUUUUUCUCUCACAGUGUAAUACUGUUAAGACUGGCGCGUUUCUCUCCCCUGUCUGUCUUUGACGGGUCAUUGCUUGUACCUCCUGCCACCUCAGCCCCCUGAGGGACCUGCUCCGGGUUUGAAACACUCGAUCUGGAGUGACAGGGAGACAGUCAGGUCUUCACAGGUACGAGGCUGCGGCUGUCUGCACACAUUCGCUGCCCCAGACAGACACUUUUAUCAACUGCUGUGAAAAGGAAAUCGUUGUUGAAAAUGAUAUUGUUUACAUGGCCAAAAGCGAUUAGGUGCUCCAAUGACUGCAGCUCUUGCAGGAAAAAGGCAUCAGACGGGGAGAGCGAGUGAUAGUUGAUGCACAGAGACAAUACAGAGAUGUUAAUGUUAUGCAAUCUUUAUAUAAUCAAGUUAGACGAGCCCUCACAAACGGUGAGAGCGUACAAUCAUCCACUCAGGCGGGAGCACACUCUGAAUCUUGGAUGAAAAACGGCAGUAAUCAUCGGCGUAAAGAUGUAAACUUGAGGUGUCUCCUGGAAUAACAGAAUAUUGCGUGUCACAGGUUGUCAGGAGAGGCAUAAUGUGGAGCAGUGACGCAUAGAUGUGGGGAUUUGACGGAUCCCGUCUGGGAGAUCAAGUGCUUUAAGAGGAGAGACAGACAGAAGACAGGCUGAGAAAUAAACUGCAAACAGAAAAUGACGGAGGUGUGAUUCUUCUCAUUUGCUCAUUGUUGGAGAGAGAGAUUUCACUCCAAACAAACUGGAUCGACAUCUCAGGGGGGAUGCCCUCUUUCUGAACAUUAUAAUCAUGAAGCUAUAAAAACAGAAGAGUGUCGAAGAAGGUCCAUACCGUGCAUUAGUUCUAUACUUUAGCGUGGGCCGCUGUUGCAAUCAAACGGUCAGCUGAACAUAAAAUAAACAGCCAUUAGCGCUUACAAAGCUCAUUAUUGCAGCAUGUCAUCUCAGCAGAAUACUUGUAUAUACCUCAGAAACACACAGGCGCGGUGCACCACAGGCUGAGUUAGGGCUAUAACUUCUUCCUGAGCGUUUCAGCAUGCAUUUAAACCGCCCACUUACAACGAGAAACAAACACUUUUGUUUACAACCGUCCCUCCUGGAAUUAGAGGAGGCAAGGUCCUCUGAGGCAGAACUGCUGCCGGCAUGCCUGACUGUUUCUGCGUUACAGCGGAUUUCACAGGGAGAAAGUUGAGUCCAGGCGGCUCUUGUGGUUGCGAGUCCAUUUCUGGAACCUCUUACAGUCCAUUAGAGAAGAGCGAGCUGUUAGGGGGAUAGGAGGAGAGUUGGCUGUCGGGGAGCGUAAAGGGGCAUCAUGUGGUCUGAAUGGUCAUUUAGCCGGCGAGAGAGCAGGAUAGAGUCCGUUUUUAUUUGAAGCAUCUUGAUAAAGCACAUUAUGUUGCAAUGAUACAUUUUCACCAGGCCAAUGAGAAUAAAAAACUCCGGGAAAUCAGCCUACGCUCUGCUCUCUGCAGCCAUCAGCAGAAGGUUAACAGCUGUUAAAUUUUAGGUCUCUGAGGCUCCCAUUUUCAUACUGAUCACUCAUUUAAUUACCAUGUGUUUGUACUCCGCAGAUUGAGUCGAGAUGAAUUGCAAAUUGGACAGACUGGAGAAAUCUGUCCAAUUCUGACUCUUUGUAAAUCUCACAGCUCUUCUUCCUCCAGUUUGCAGCCGUAGACGGCGUUCAUUAAUAAAGCAGCUAUUCUUGUUCUUAAUACGACACACAGUCUGCGUAUCUUCACGUUAACGGGGGCGUCAUUAUCUGCGUAGAAAACAGGAAGUGUGUGUUUGUUACACCGUAAGGUUUUAUAACAGAUAAGAAAAGACGUAACCGCAUUGAACACAAACAUCAGAUUAAAGGAAAUCUGCUUCAGUGUUGCUCUGACUUGUUGCUGUCUGCUAAAUGAGAAGAUGUUGGUGGAUGCUUUGUAUUGAAGUAUACCAGGAUAGCUUUGCAUCUUCACAUAGUAACAGUUCAACAGGGAGAUCAUUUAAGAAUAAGGAUAAGAAAAACUCAAUUCGAUUGUCUGUCGUCUCAGUUGUCAUGUGUCAAAAAGUCGUCUACUUUUUGACACAUGAAAACUGAGAAGAAAGACAGUUUGUUGGAACGUUGGACUCUUUGUUGCCCUUUGGAACCAAAAGUGUUUUAAUGCUGCGUUUGUGUUACCUCAGAAGUCAGAUGUUGGAGCUGAAAAUGACGUCACAUCCGAGUUCCUAGCCUUUCGGUUACAAAGUCGGAAAAAAGCAAAAUCAGAGGCCUGAAACAAGAUGGCUACAUCUAUGAAAGUUAUUUUAGUGCUUGCUUUACAUUCGGACAAGGCAAGUGCUAAAAUAACUCUCGUAGAUGUAGUCAUCUUGUUUACGCCUGUGAUUUUGCUUUUUUCUGAAUUGGUAACUGAAACACUGGGAACUCGGGUGUGAUGCAUUUUCAGCUCCGACAUCUGACUUCUGAGGAAACUUUAAUGCAGAUAUAAUCCAUAAAUCCCAGAGAUUUAGCUAGUAGAUGUAGUUGCUGCACCAGGCUUAAAUCCAUGUUUUUCAAAUAAUCGAUUUUAGUCCAACUGAAAUCGCACAUCGUCGAACUCCAGGUAGCCGGGCUAACACAGCAAGUAGAGGGCUUCAAACUGGAAACUGGAUAGCGCAAAUGUGUUGCUAGGAAACUCGGAUGUAAACAAAACCUUAACAGAUGAAGAGAGAACGUAAAUGUAAACGUGAAUUUCCCUUAAACCAAAGUAUAAGUGGAGGGAGGCGAUGUUCACACUGCAGGUCAAUUACGAUUUUUUAACCAUAUGUGACUCAUAUCUGAUUUUUUCAUGUAAGUGUGAACAGUGCAAUUCUGAUUAUUUCAAUCCGACCCAGGCCUCUUUAGUAUGUGGGUAUAAAUCAGAUGCUCAGGUUGCGUUCAUCCGACCGAUACGUCAUCAAUAUGCGACAAACGUCACCAUUGUUCGACGACACAAACAGGCGCGGAAAACAAUUUGCGCUUUGAGCGCAUGCAGGUCACUUCACGGACACAUUCCGUUCACAUCAGAUGCCGCAUUCCUUGUUGUAAAGUGAACGAACGCACAAAAAAAUCGGAUUUAACAAAAAAUCCGAAUUGUGCAUCAUAACCUGCGAUGUGAACGUAGACAUGAGGUUUAAUUAACUGAGGUUAAUAGACGGCUGCAGCCCAGUAGAGAGACGAGGUCAACGAUAUCGAAUAAGUACAACAGCGUGUACUGAGACAACUUUGAAUUGAGACUUUUGUAAUGGAGGUUAUUAAAACAUCCUGCCAAAGCAACUCUUUGUUUGCUCUAUUUUGAGAAGAUCGCAGCGGCAGGGUUUCAGGCGGCACAUCUUGGUGAAGCGCAUAAAAAUGGACUCUUAUUAUUCGGUUUUGGCGAGCAUGUUUUGAAACAAUAUCUGUAUGCAUCUUAUUAUCCGGCUUUUUCACAUGUAUUUUUAGACUCCUAUUUGUUCCUGCAUAUUAAUAAGAUCAAAAUCAAUAAAAAUCUCCAAUCUGAGCAGAAAUGUUGCUUGAAUUUCUUCUCAGUUCGAUCAAAACUAAAUAACAAAAUCAUGUUUUUUUUUUUAACUCCUAGACGACUUCAUGACCUGUGAGAAAAUCCUGGGCUUUGACCUCCCGGUGUUUCUGAUCGUUAUCAAGCUCAUUAAGAUCAUGUAAAUCCAUAUUGGCAGCGGUGAAGCUUUCUUUAAAGACUCUGGAGAAGAGCGCAGUGGGAAACACAUGCACAAUGCAGUCAGGCAGCAGAGACUCACAGCCCAGUGAGUCACCAGGCAAUCUGGAGAACAUGCCCUGUGGCUGAGCUGUGAUCACGCUGGCACAGAGAGAGGCCAGACCUCAGCCGAUCUGCUGGGGAGAACAGCCUCCUCUGUCUUUGCAGCGUUUCAUCUCUCUCCCUUUCCGAGAUAGACUUCGUCCCUCCAGAGGAAGCAUCUGAGGCUCAACGGAGCGCAGAAAAUAAAAACACAUGUUUGACAGAGAAGAAAAAACAACAGUGACUGUGGAGAAGCAAAAGCACAAUCGCUUUUAAAGGCAAAGUGAGAAAUCAAACAGCCUCGAGGGGUUAAGUGUGAUUUAAUCUGGUAGGAGAGCGGCGGCGUAGGCCUGUGCAUAUCCACACUGAUGAUGCACUGUAGGCGUAUCGAUAACCUCCGCCACAUGGAGGGGGAAUGUGAGAACGAACGCAUUUGUAGCAGCAGCAAGGAGGGAUUUUACACAGUUUGGAGAUGGUUUCAUGUCAAAUUUAAAGAAAUGUACCACCAGAACACAGGACCACCAGAAUUUAAUAUCCUUCAACUGAGUGAUUUCAUCGUCUACCGUACUUAUAAAAGAUUUGAAGAAUCUGGAGACUGGAUGACCGUGAUCUUUGAGUUCACAGGUGGUGCCACAUUAAAAACAGACAUGGCUCUGUAAUAGAAAUCACGAGUCGAAUCCAAAAUCCACGUCUUUGAACGCCACGUCAUAGUUAGUUGCAGAAUUUGUAAAUGUAGGUCAAAACUGUACUGUACAGGGAAAAAAAACAUGUAUAAACGUGAGGUUAUAAAAAAACGAGCUGAGCAGUAGUAAGCAUGACCCUAACCCCCAAUUUCCACUGCAUCCGGAACGGCUACAAAAAAGCCGUAUCUGCCAAUCGUAGCUGAUCGUAACCAUUCAAGUUAACAUGUUGAUUUCCACCGACUUCUUUCCGUUCCUCUGCGGAUCACUGGACUCCACAGCUGAUUGCAAGAGUUCUAUUUUUUCCGGACCCUGGAGCAUGGCGGAUAAAUUCAGCACAGAUUAACCCGUGCUGGAAAGGAAGUCAGACACAAUAAAACAUCCGGCUUCUUUUCAAAAUAAAACACUGUGUUCAGGCGGAUCGUAUUUCACACCAUGCAACAAGUGAAAGGUUUUUAGACGUCAUUUCACCCCGAUGACACCAUGGAUGAGGAGAUGCUGAUUCUAGAAGUCUAGAAGUAGAUUUCCUCCUCUGGAAGGACACAAUCUACUGCUGAUAUGGUUAGCCUAUGUGGCAACUUGACAAGACUUGUUAUCGGGCAAUUGCACAUGAAUUCACGGGUUCUUGUGAGUUCUCGUGAUUCCUGCUGUCCGUCAUCCGCCACAAAAUUCAUCUCACAAACGGAUCCAGUAGGAAUUGGGGUACUGCGAAAGUUGCCAUCAACGACGAGAAUUAAUAGGGGUCAGUACUGGAUCAUUUGCGUACUGUACCAUCACAGGUUCUUCUGGUGCGCUCACCAGUUUUUGGUGUUUUUCCACCUCUGCAUCCAUCUGGACCAGUUUUCAUCCUCAGACAACAUCCAGGUAGAAUUUAUGGUGUUUUUGGUAAAUCAAAUCAGAACAUUGUUGACUAGAAAAUGUUAUAAACAGCUAAAACGUUCACCCUGUGAGACCUGUGAAGAGAAGUCAAAGAGUGGGGCCGCCUUUUUGAUCUGUUUCAUAAAAGAACUAUCUAACAAUGACCUAAAAGAGGCGAAGAAAUGAAGGGGUAGUGGAGGUUAACACAGCCAUGGUUAGUGUCAGAGUCAUAGUAAGCGAGCUCUGGUUGGCUCGGUCUAAUUUCAUGGGUGGAAGCUGUUGCUGACUGUAAUCAGCGGCUCACUGAGGCUGACAGCACAGGUGCCUAAUAACCGUUCAGUGACACACUCACAUCCCCGUUUUAGAAGCCGGGGCCUCCUUCCUGACCCAGAAAUUGGUGGUGCAGCAAAUCCAGGCAGUGACAUUUUAAUUCCUGACUGGCUAACGUGCCUCCUCCGUAAUAACUGUAAUUGAUUAAAUUAGUUUGGACACAGGCCACGAGGUCGGCGCUGCACCGGUGAUAUCCAGUAAACAGUUUCUCCUCUCAGCAAUAUUCUCCUUUCUCUCAUUUAUUGAUCCGCUCUUGUGCUUUCAUAAGAUCUGAAUAGCCAGAAGAAGCUGUAAAAAUACCGCAUGUCGAACUAACACUGCGACUGUGAGUCAGAAAACACAUCUGCACCAGACUAAAAUUAGUGCGUCUUAAAAUCCGCCCAGUGCAGCUGUUAGGGAGGAUUUAUUUUACACCGUGCGCACACAGAUUUUUUUUGAGUGUGGCAGUUAAAAACUCAAUUUGUGCACAAAGCAGCUAAAUCAGUGAAUUAUCCGACAUCAGAAACGAUAACAUCAACAAGCCGGUCUGCUGCGGGUAACAGAUGUUCAUGUGCACAGUUGGGAGUGAGACAUUUCUCCCUCAGUGCCCGCAGUAACAACAUCUCUGAUGGUGUCUAAUGAUGCCUGAAUGACAGAUUCAUGCUGCCAAGAUGAUGGCUCAGACAUGCAGUUUGCGGAUAAAGGUUAAUUUCAUUUGAUUAAUUCAAUUUUCAUUUAGCGCCCUCGUGGGACGUCGUACGCUGGAGACGUACAGAAGAGUUUCAGCAGUCUUUGUCUUUUUCUAAUUUAUUUAACCUUUAUUCAGACAGGUAAUCUCGUUGGGGGGCAGGAUCUCAUUUUCAAGAGACAUCAGCAUCCAAACAACAUGGAGACAGGCCGUCCAGUCGAGUGGAGAUAGAUCAGAGGAGAGAGGACGCGGGUGCAAAUGCGCCGGGAAAUAAAGAACUUUUAUUCGUCAACUGAGGAAGGUGCAAAAUCACAAACUCGAGGGUAACAGGCCUCGUUUAACAGACGCUAAUCUAGUGAGUAAAUGCAAUCAAAGCUAACUCCUCGUCCCGCGUUCUCUCUCUAUAGCCGUAAGCUGAACAAUGUGAUGAAUGCCGUUCAUUAACUAACAGAGCUGCCUCGCCACACUUCCUGUUUAUCUAGUUAUGUAGUUUCUCUUUAGCUAACAGGCAAAACCGGCCUUCAAAAUAAAAACCCAGGACCUGUUUACACCAAAAAACACGUGACAUUGUCUAAGAUGGAUUCUUGCUCCUAACAGUUUUGUACUUAUCAGGAGAGUUUCAUCUUUUGUCGUCAAACUGAGGAUUUAGAGGCUCGACUGAACCGCCUGUAUGAGGUCUGAUGGUCUCAUUAUAUUCGCUCAGUGAGCGAGUGAGUGAGUGAGUGGGCUUGUUUGCAUAGGGCAGCGACUUUGUAUAACGACAAGUGGAUAUUAGAAUUAAAAUGCAAAUGAUAUACGAGCUUCCUGCUGCUGUAAUGAUGAAUGCUGGUGUUACUCAUGCUCAGGUGAAAGGGGAACCACUGUGGAUGUUUGGAUCUGAAGAGACAGAUUUACUGAAGCUUAACUUCUGAAUUCCCUUUGAGCCGAGUCUGGAUUUAGUCUCAAACAUGCUGUUUUCGUUCUCAUUAUUUACUGAAAGUAGAGUGGAUUUCAUUUCAAAAUAAAAGCAUGAUAAACUGCUGUCUGAUGAGGCAAUCUCUCCUCCAACACUUGGCAUUAAAGGUGGGGUAGUCAGGAUCUGAGGAAGUGCCAGUUUUGGGAGAAAUCUUGAAUGUAAACUCUACUCGUCCCAACAAGUUCUUAGAUAAAUACUUCAGAUCAUUACAAAUGGGGCCCAGUCGAUGUGAAAGUCAAAAGCAUUGGUGCUACUGUAGAUGCUAACAGACUACCAGCAAACACAAUGUUUGCAGGACUUCUACAACUAGGAUAAAGUGACAUAGUCCAGGACCCGAGGGAGGACAGUUUAGCGAUGGCGCUACAACACGCUACAGCAGGUCCGUUUGACAAGAAACACUUCUGUUACAGACACUUGUCUUACUUUGUUAAAGCGGUUUACCUGUCCAGCAGAAAGGUUACAGGGUCACCAAGAUCCCCAAGCGUCCCCCAUCGUUUAUGUUGACCCGGCUUUUUAGCUCUUGUCCGGUCUACCUCCGUUUUAAGCGCCCGUUAUUCCUCCAGAGUCUCCGGUAUUUACUUUGUUUUCUUGCUUGUGUCGGCAGCCGUGGCCAAAGGAGGAUUCAGACAAUUUUCCGAACUUUCUGGUUGGUUUCUACUGUCCGAUAUUGUAGCACGCUAACUUUGUUUGGGAACGUUAUUUGAGGACGUGGAGCGUGUCUCACAACACAAGGGGGCAGCAUCUACCUUACAACCAAUCAGGCUGGGGGAGGCAAAGAAUGGCUUUGUUUAUGGUCCAAAAUGUAAAAAUGUUGACUCCACAGACACAACAAAACACAGCGAUAUCAUGAUAUUAUCAAAUGUCAUCAAGGUUAAAUGAGGUGACGUCUCUCUGUUUUGUCUCUGAAGGUGUGGUGUGAUGGUGACAGGUUGACCUCAGGGAUGUGAGCAGACAGUAAAGAUGACCCUGCUGGCGGGCGAUGGCUCCGACUAUGACUACAGCGCCCUGAGCUGCGCCUCCGAUAACUCCCUCAACGCCCCGCCCCUGCAGGAGAAGGAGGCCCAGAAAGGAGCCUUCUACAAGAGGGCGCAGCGGGUCCCCGAGGUCGGCACCGCUCACGAUGACGCCCUUCUGUCCAGCGCCCGGAAACUCCACGCUAUCAUCAACGUGGGCGGUCUACGGUAUCAGCUCCCGUGGACCACCUUGGAGGACUUCCCCCUGUCCCGCCUGGGUCAGCUGCACCUCUGCAGCAGCUUCGAUGAGAUCAUGGGAAUCUGCGACGACUACGAUGUCGCCCACAACGAGUUCUUCUUCGACCGCAGCCCCUGUGCCUUCAGGACCAUCCUGACCUUCCUGCGUGCGGGGAAGCUGCGCUCCCUCAGAGAGAUGUGCGCCCUCUCCUUCAGGGAGGAGCUGCUGUACUGGGGCGUCCCCGAGGAGAGCCUGGAGUGGUGCUGCCGCCGGCGUCUGCUGCAGCGUAUGGAGGAGUUCGAGGCGAUGGAGAGGGCGGAGGAGGAGGAGCUGCUGGAGGACUCGGACAGCGGUCACAAGGAGCAGGAGUCCAGGUUAAGUCACUGCAUGAGCAAACUGAGAGACAUGGUGGAGAGGCCGCACUCGGGCCUGCCGGGGAAGAUCUUCGCCUGUCUGUCAGUGCUGUUCGUCACCGUCACCGCCAUCAACCUGUCUAUCAGCACCAUGCCUGCCAUGAGGGAGGAGGAGGAGGCGGUGAGUUGACUCAUGACAUUUCAACCGCAGGGAGGGAAAAAGUUAGUCACAGGCUGACAAACGGUUUGAAGGUCGGUGAGAUCGAAGAAAAAAGGGAGUUUUGACCAAAAAUGAAAUCUUAGACUUUAAAUUAGAGGGAACAGACGAGGGAUGAGAAAAGAUGUUAGAAGAAAAGAAAAAUAUCUUUUAUUAUCUGACAAAAUGUGAAAAAUAAGAAAAGCUGAAACAGCGUUUAAACAACGUUUAAAGUUGAAACAGGCAACUUUUUUCUCAACUCUAUUCCGAACAUUUUGACUUUUUUCUCCAAGUGUAAAGUGAAAAAAAAAAGAGUAAUUAAGUGUGAAUAUAUAAAAGCUCGGUGUUACGGUGUGUUUGACCCUAACUUAACUUUACUCCGGAAUAUCUCUUUAAAUGUGCAUUACUUGUAAUGACCAGCAGGGGGAAACAGCCUGCGAAAGUAAUCACAACGUCAACAAGUCUAUUACAAAAUUACAACUGAGAAUCAGGGCCAAACUGAGAGGAAGAAAAAGAGAUUUCCAAAAUAAAGUUCUCCAUAUUUUCAGGACAAAACAGUCAGAAAAAAAAUAAGUUAAUUAAUGAGAAAAAAAUGUGGAAAAUUUAAGUGAAAAUACUCAAAAUAUUCAUGGGAAUUAAAUAAUAAAUUCAUGGAGAAAUAAAUCAGAAAUAAAAAAGUUAAAAAAUUCAAAUCCAGACUAGUCUUCAUCGACCACGAUUACAUCACUUCCUCUGCAGCGUACAGUUUGUUUCUGAGCUUCGACACUGAACACGUGAACCCCUCGCUGUGUUUAGAUUAGUGUUUUCAAAAGACGAGCUGACGUGUAAUUUUUGAAAAGCAGUCAUUAAAAAUUCUAAUAAAGGCAUGUCUGAUCCGUCACGGCCUCACGGCGAGGAAGAGACGUUUGUUUCACCAGAUUAGUAAAAAAAAACAUUGAAGACCCCUCAGACUGAAAUGCUUUCAUUAUUAUGUCUGAAUCCAUCACAGCCGUGAUUCGCACUCUGCUCUGUUUAAGUCCAAUGAAGGGAAAUGUAAUAUUUCAGCUGCAGAGUGACGUGCAGACAGGUUUUUAAUAAACUCACUGAUUUCUCUUUGAUCAAAAUCUACUCUCUGCAAAUUGGAGCCUUUUUGGUUUUUGAAGAAAAAGAUAGAAGUGGUUUUCAAUUUUUACUUGAAAUCAAAGCUUUACAUUUUCAAGAUACAGAUAGUCUACUUUGAUUUCCUGUCGUGUGAACUAAACAGAUUAAAAGUUCAAGUCAAAUUAGAGGAGUAUAAGACUGCUCUGGAUCUGAUAAAGUCAGAGGAGCAGCUGAGCACACCUCCUUUGUUUUCACACUCAGGUUUGUUUAAUUAAAAGUGUCAGUGAUCACGUCUCUCCUCACCUCAGACUUAAAGCAUCCUGUAAAAAAAAAGAAGUGUUGUACUCACACAGUUCCUGUCUCUGAGUGAGAGCUGCUGAGUUUUCAGGUGCUUUUAUGGCUCCACUCGAACCAUCUCCUCCUCUGUGGGAGUGAGUUUCGUAAUAUUUAGAAACCGACGUGGACUGAGAUUUAAAAAAGCUUUGAACCUUUUCAGCCACGCACCGGAGCGGCGUCAUUACCGCGUUUAAGAAAAUCAUCCACCUUUACUAAGAGCUGCAAAACAGUCAUCAUGGAGAAGUUCAGAGGAAGUGAUUUGUGUUUGAAAAGCAGGAGGAGGAUCAUGUCUUCAUGGUGGACACAGGUUUUAUCCUCAAAAUGAGUCACACAUGUUCAACGCUGCAGCUUCUCUCUAUUCAGGUCCUGGAUUUCAAAUAGAAACGGUUCCCUCUAGUGACCGCAGACUCCACCUACACCUCUGUGCUCACUCUGACUGUGCAUAGUGUUAGUUCAGGCAGGUCAAGCUUGAGUAAAGCUCAGCCAACAGAACAGCAGCUGAUCUUAACUCCGGCUGACAGCUCAGCUGACACACCCAGCUGGCAAAUGUCAAAAUGGUCGUUCUGUUUAAACCGCUCCGACCAACUUCAUCCUUCCAAGCAUUUUUCAUUUUCAUACUUUAUUUAAUUCAGUUUAUAUCUAAAAUAUUCAAUACAAACAAGGAAAAAUCUCAAACGUGAAUAAAAAAGAGCAGAAUAAGAAAACUCUUUUAGAGUCUGAUCCUCUUUCAUAAGAUAUAAAUCAACUAAACACACACGAGCUGCAGGACAACAUGCCUUUUUACAGUUCAAUAUUUAUUAUUUGAUCAUAAAAGACUGAGGCGAGUUACUUUAACGGGACAAACAGAAGUCUGAUUGUCUGAUUAAAUUGGUUCCUCCUUUCUUCCCCACCAGGGCAUUUGUUCCCAGAUGUGCUACAACAUCUUCAUCGUAGAGACGGUGUGUGUGGCCUGGUUCUCCCUGGAGUUCUCCCUUCGCUUCAUCCAGGACCGCAGUAAGCUGACGUUCCUCCGUCAGCCCCUGAACCUGAUCGACGUGGUGGCCAUCCUGCCGUACUACAUCACCCUGGUGGUGGACAGCACCUCCAAAGGCGAGAAGCGUCUCGGCUCGGGCAGCAGCUACUUGGACAAAGUGGGUUUGGUGCUGCGCGUGCUCAGAGCUCUGAGGAUCCUCUACGUGAUGCGUCUGGCCCGUCACUCUCUGGGCCUGCAGACUCUGGGUCUGACCGCACGCCGCUGCACACGGGAGUUCGGACUUCUCCUCCUCUUUCUCUGCGUGGCCAUCGCUCUCUACUCCCCGCUGCUGUACCUGAUAGAGAAUGAAGUAGCCUCCACGCAGGAGUUCACCAGCAUCCCUGCGACAUACUGGUGGGCUGUCAUCACCAUGACAACAGUGGGGUACGGGGACAUGGUGCCCAGGAGCAUCCCGGGACAGGUGGUGGCUCUGAGCAGCAUCCUGAGCGGGAUCCUCCUCAUGGCGUUCCCCGUCACCUCCAUCUUCCACACCUUCUCGCGCUCCUACAUGGAGCUGAAGCAGGAGCAGCAGCGGCUGCUGCAGAGGAGGACUCACUUCCUGCUGCGCAGCCGCAUGGCCGGCCUGGGCAGCAACCUCUCCUUAGACAGCGACAUGCUGUUUCCUAUCGGCUCGUCUGACAACAGAGACAUGGACGACUGAGGCGGAUGGAGGACAAAGACAAAACAGAGAGAGGAAACAGACAGACGGGUGGAGAGAAAUCUCUUUAAAGUAGAUAAAAAGGUUAAAAGGAUUUUAAUUUAUUCCCAGAAAUGCAGCCAUUCAGUGUAGCAGUGAACUUUUGGAUACAAAUGAACAAAAAGGAAUAAAGGAUUAGAGGGAUUAGAUUACAAACAUACAGGCCAUUAAAAGGUCAUUUUCUCUGGAUAAAACAAACAUUACAAUAAAAACUCAUUAAGUAUUCAUGCAAAACAAUCAUCUGAAGUAUUAAGACAGUCUUAUAUUACAUACACUGUUAUUGAGACAUGUGAGAGGAGUUAUUCUACGAGAGAAAGAGCACAAACACUCUCAGCGUUUAUAUAUCCGAAUGUUUUAAUGCGUCUGUUUAAGCCACACACUCCUGGGAGCCGAUCUGUCUCUUAAGCUCUCUGCUUUUACUGAGUCCCAACAUGAAAUUAAACUUCUGUCGAGGCUGAAAUGUGAACAUUAAUCCGCUGAUUAUUUCCUAAAUGACCGUGCGAACUCUGGAAAUCAUGUUCUACUCAUGAAUCACGACGCAGAGGUCGUCCUUCUCUGCUCCUCAAGGUUCCAUAUGCAAUUUUAUGACUCGGUUUGGACAUGGAGAUAGAAUUGUCGUGCCUGUAAUUACUGCAGUUGCUGUCUAUAGCUGUUUAUAAUUAUUAUUAUUUCUCUCCUUAAAGUGGAUUUAAACUGAAAUCUGUCUGUUUUAUUGUGUCUUGACUUUCACUGACUUUAAACUUGAUAAUUAAUUUGAACAAAACUUGAGUCCGCACUCGGCAGAGAGUCACAGAGAGGACAGGCGGCACAUAUGGAGUCACAGCACAUCCUGAUCGAACACAGAGAAAAACAGGAUCUAAGAGUCUGCAGGUUAACUUCAUCAAAGUGGUUUAGACUAACUCCAGAAAAGCUAAUUAAUUAAUUAAUGCAUCAGAUUUCAUAUAACGCUUUAUCAGAGACCCUCAAAGCGCUUUACAUUG